GACGGGGCGGACACGCCGCAGGAGGACAAAAAGACAUUGCCCGGCGCCGUCAAGCUGCCCGGCCCGGCCGUCGACCUGUCGGAGCUGCAGAACGUCAAGAGCGAACUGCGAUGGGUCACCAAGGAAUAGCACGAGUCUUUUAGGUUGCGAGGAAGGAUGAUGGACACUUGCUGGUUACCGUGGCGAUGCUAAAACGACAACCACAUCACAACAUCAACACAUUUUCAGUCGACGGCCACACACACAAAAAAAAAACAAAUCUGCUUCUUUUGUAUUCUUUUUUUUUUUUUUGCUCUAAUUAAUAAUUUAGACAAGGAUGUAAAAUUCAGAGACGAAAGAGUUUUUUUUUUUUUUUUUUAACUGUUCAAGGUUGUGAAGAUGAACCACAAAGACAUUUUAUUCUUCCGGGUGAUGGCCGUCUCCGAGGUCAAACUGUUGUAUUUUUGUUGUUUUUGUGUUGUUGUCAUCUGCAGGGGCAAUAAAUCAACUUCGUAAAAUCAAAUCAUUUCAUUAGCUACUCGGAAAAGUUCUCAUCUGCAAACUCCAAGCACAAAAGAAAACAAAAAUGUUACCUUGACAGUACAAGUUGAUUCAUUCUGUGACAUAACUUAUUUGUUUAUGAAAUAAAAUGAAUCAAAAUCUGCAUUAAUCUGUCCCAUCCGCCCAAAAAUGACGCCUAAAAAAAAAAAAAAAUAAUUGCAAAGUAGUGUUGCUGAAUGUAAAACUCCUUGAACAAAAACCUAGAUUUAAAUUGAGCGUUUUGUUUUCCAUCCCGUCAGUGUACAUGGCAGUAUGUUGCUCAUCCUGCACCAGAAGCACUCCAUCCAUCAUCACGCGCAAAUAGAAAGAGUGGGAGCAGCUGUAUCUAAAUUUAGCCUCCAUCAGGUCAGGGUUCAACGAUAACGUCCACACGGGCCGAUCUGACUUUGUGCGGCGACGGAAGAAACGUGACGCAAGGGAGGCGUGAUGUUUGUUUUCGUGUUCGGCUGCAGUGAAAACACACCCGCACGUUGAUCCGUGCAUCUAUUCCGAGAAAAUGAUCAUAAAUCACGGACGGACGCAGAAGGCGGGGGGAGGCUGGAGAGCUCGUAAUUGCGCCGCGACGCCAACUUUGAAUGCAGAUGAAUUAUCUUGUGUGUGAAUCAAACGCAAGCCGAUCAAUCUUUCCAUCCUUUUUUCGGCCUCCUUGUCGUGUCACGCAAACGGGGGGAAAAGAACGUCACGUUUCAUUCAAGUCCGACCGCGUGGCUUGCUUCUGUUCCCGUCGCCUUGGCGACGAGAGCGCAGAUAGGCGACCUUGGACUCAAGACGGGCAGCUGUAUUUACCAAUGAGUUCAUCCACGAAAACCCUGCCAGACUGCCUCAGCGUGUGCGCGUUUGGCAUUUGGGCGAUACUCCCGGCUCGCAGACCAAAGGGCAGCGGACAAGAAGCGCAGGAUCACAUUUAGAACAUCACAACUCGGACGGGAGGCGGCCGAGGGGGGUCUGUUUUUGAGGUGGUCGUCAGGUCUGCAUCCCGCUGCCAUCGGAAGAAGACGAUAACAAGGGAGGAUUGAUUUGUUUAUUGCAAGGGGAUGGAUCGCUACGCCGUCCUCUACAGCUCGUCCCACCGGACGCGGCUGCUCGGCCGAUUUCAGCGUCUGCGCUCGGCCGGGAGGAUGUGCGACGUGGUGCUGGAGACCAACGGCGCCUCCUUCCCGUGCCACCGGGCCCUGCUGGCAAGCUCCAGUGAUUAUUUUUGGGCUCUUUUCGGGGAGGCCACGGCGGAGAGAUCGGCGUGCAGGGUCGAGCUCCCGGCGCUAACGCCUGUCGGCUUAGACGUCAUCUUGGACUUCCUGUACUCCGGCUGGCUCAGUUUGUCCGCCGGAACGCUUGGCGACGUUUUGGAGGCGGCGAGGUACCUGCAAGUGGACACGGCCGUUUCCAUAUGUCAACGCUACAUCGUGGACGACCUCGGCGCGGAGAACUGCUGCCGCUACGCUAACUUAGCAGAACAGCACGCGCUUUCUGACGCGGUGGAAGCCGCCAACUUCACCAUCGCCGCAGAGCUGGCCACUCUGCUGCGGGAAAGACGAGGCGACCUUCUGGACUUGAACCUCCAGUCGCUGAUGGUGGUGCUGGAGGCCGAGGAAAUUCCGACAGUCAAGGAGGUGGAGCUGGUCAAGCUAGCGCUGGAUUGGCUGGGUGAGAACGGGCCCCUCCCACUGCUCCAAUCCAACCUGCUGCUAAGCCGCCUCCGCUUCGGCUUGGUUGCUCCGGCCGACCUCGCUCGCCUCAGCCACGCCAGCAAAGCCAUGGCCACACCUCUGAUAAGGAGCCAGGUGACGAGAGCGCUGGAGUACCACAGAACAGGAUCGGAAAGGCCGAUCCGGCAGAACAAGCAGUCUACUCUCAGGGCGACCGAUCGCGUUCUACUUGUCGGGGGCAGCUCGAGUCCGGAUUGUCCGCAGCAGCGGGUGUUGACGUUCAACCUGAAAACCAGGACGUUUGCACCUCUGACUUCCUGUCUGCCGCUGAGACUGAGGAACCACUGCGUGUGCUCCUUGGGUGGUUUCCUCUUCGUGGUGGGCGGGGAGGUGGUGAGCGAGGAGGACAGGAAGCCGGUCGUCACGGAGGCCUCAAACCAGGUGUGGAGGUACGACCCGCGCUUCGAGUGUUGGCAGCAGGUGGAGUCCAUGAUGCAGAGGAGGACCAAGUUCGCCUGCUGCGUCGCCAAUAACAGCAUCUACGCCAUCGGGGGGCAAAAAACACCCGCCGACAGCGGCGCACCCGCGGCCACACUGGCUUCUGUGGAGUUUUACGACUUGGAGGCGGGGGCGUGGAGGAGGGAAGCGCCCUUGCCCGGGCCGCUCCACGGUCACGCCUGCGCUGCGCUCCAGCAGAACAUCUUCGUGUCGGGCGGUCUGUCGGACAACAGCGGCGCCCCCUUGAUCCCGGGACAGAGUCAAAGCAGAAGGGAAGUUCUGCGCUGGGACCACGCGGGCAGACUCUGGGAGAAAGCGGCGCCCAUGUCCAUCGGGAGGUUCGGGCACCGGAUGGCGAGCGUCCACGGUUACAUCUACGCCUUCCCGGGAAUGUACGAGCCCUUCUCCGAUAUCGAGCGCUACGACCCGGGAGCGGACCACUGGACGCGCCUCAGGCCGCUGGUCGCCGCGUCCUUCGGUUACGGGAUGGCGGCGAUGCCGACUGGCAGCAUCCUGGUUUUCGGCGGGAGGAAGUGGAGCAACGGGCAGGAGGUGGUGCUGAAGAGCGUGCUGGAGUACGAGCCCAAGAAAGACCAAUGGAGGGAGAUCUGUCAGCUACCGAGACCCCUCACGGGAACCGAGUGCACGUUACUGCCGGUGCCUGAUUAAAGCUCGCAAUAGCUGCUUCUAUGCUAUUUCAUGCACAUUUCGGUGCUAAUAUCAGGAGCCGGCUAGUUGAACUAAGCUCUUGUUGGUUUGGAGUCUCAUUCCCGAGUGAAGACACUGUAGCUGGGAAUGAAAUGUGCAAAUUUAGGCUGUUCAACCCAGAUUUUAAAGUGACUGAAGAAAGCCAUCAACCCGUACAUACCGCCAAUCAUCUGGAUUUGAGCCCUCUCCGUACUUUUCCGAUCAAAGUAACAAAUGGCAUCACCAUUGGCUGUGUCGAAAAGACUACGCUGUUGCGUGGCGCACGUUAACGGGCAAUUUUACUCCUGCCAAGUAUCGGGGCAAACCUGACCCCUGCCCUCCUUCCGACCUGAUUUAUCGCAGAGAUUAUCCUGAGCGGUCCUCCCCAUAAAGAAGACCGAUUGGCGUCAUGGUAACGUGUCUCACAAGUCAUUCACAAUGACAAGGGAAAGAAUUUGCAACCCGUGCAGCUAACUAUCGGUAUGCGGACCCCCCCUGUAAGUCACUAACUCGAGGCGUCAUACUUUCAGACAGGGUUAAUUGUUCAGUAACAACAGCUGCUCCAACGACAGUCUCGGAAAUGCGACUUAUAACUGGAUUGCCCAAAAUCCCGAGUCCACAGUUGUUUUUUCAGUUGACAAACAGCUAGACUUGUGCUGCCACCCUGGGGACAGGAGUGGAACAGCACAGCGGGCGCGGGUUAGAAUUUGAAAUCCAACAUGUCUAAAAUGGCACAGCGGAUCCCCGGCUUAAGUUGAGCCCAGAGGGUGCGGGUAUAUUUAAAGACAAGGUGAGGACGUUUAUCAGGAAGCGGACGUCGACGGAGGGGAAACGCCGGCGGAAGGUGGAAGUGAAAACGUCCACGCAAGUGAGAUCUCCGGGUAUCUAAGUAGCAAUUAUUGAUGAAACUUUGACUUUCGUUACGACCUCUGGCAGCAGUUUGAAGCUGCAGUGUGGCAAAAUGAAAAUAACGAUUUGUGUGGGAUUUCCAGCAA